AUGGAUGGCGCAAUCGUUGCAAUGUUUACCACGAAGUAUCCAUUCAAUGUAGGCAUGAUUUGUUUACCUUCUCCUCCUCCCGGUGAAGAGUACGAAACUGAUAUGCUCCAACAAUUACGUUCAGGUACGUAUCAUUCAAUUUUACCUGAAACUCUUGAACAAUUUCAUGCUGCCAUUGAAUCAUUAUCAAAGAAAAAGGUUCGUUUAACUUGA